GUUGACUUAGUAGUUGACAUAAUAAUGAGUUGUCAUAUUGUCACGGUUCAUUGCACAUGGGUUUGUCUUUGUGCAAAGUGGACCAAAUACACAUUGCGCAAUGUCUGAAUGUUUUGCCCUCCUGUUUCCACAUUGAGCAGAAUACUAUUACCAGAGGACUCUAUACUGUUACCAGAGGACGCUUGCAGCCAGGUAAGCCGUCCAACAAUUAAUAAAUCUGUUAUUAUGCCCAUCCUAAAUAAUAACUACAAUUUUGUAGAACAUACUUUCUAGUAUAUUUUUAUUGAAAAACAGUAUUUGUUGUAAUAUAAUGUGCAGGUAAACCUAACAAUAUUAAUAUAUAUAAUGUAUUAUAUCCAUAUAAAAAUUGUGCAUGCAGACAUUAUUUGGAUAAAUAUAUUAAUGUGGUGUGUUACAUUUGUUAUUACUCAUUAUUUUGCUUCUUGUUGGUUCAAUAAAAAAUAAUGUCAGUAUGCUAUAUAUGCUACAGUGUUGUGUAUGGAUCAAUAAUAAUAACUAAGUGGCCCAUUCAGCAUCACUGGUUCAUUGUUGCAAUGUUGCUAUAUGUUGAUUAUCUUUGAUUUUCAAAGUCUCUGAUCUAACUGGAUUUGUUUUUCUUCCAGACUGACCAGUAGAGGGCGCUGUGAGCUCAAAGGUCCUUAUCAAUGCAGCAGCAUCAUGACCAGUCAUAUAAAACCAUCCUGCUGAGUCAAACUCAUGUAAGAUGCAUGAAGAAAGAGAAAAAGUUGAGACCAACUGAGCUCAGGUUCAGCUGUGGUGAACACUUUUCUUUUGGGGGCAAACAUGUUUGCACCAUGUUUUUGUGAGAAGCACUCUUGGAGGAUGCAGUGGAUGCGGUGAAUCAACAGGGACAAAAACUACCUUGCACAACAAAAACCAAACCAGUGAGCUUGCCGGCUGCUUGAACUUAUUUUUUUUCACAUCAUUUAUCCUUUCUGAACCAAAAUGCAACAGCCAGAAGCCCAGCAAACGACUCAGACACCGGACUCAGACAUACUGGACCCGGAAGUUGGAUACAUACGGAGGAGGAAAACAGCUCUGUGGGUGACAGUGGCUCUGCUGGCCCUGUCCCUGGUGGUGUUGGCCAUAGGUCUGAUCUCCGCUACACGCACCGACAACGUGCCCGUGGCUGGAUAUUACCCAGGGAUCACCUUGAGUUUUGGGGCAUUCCUUGGCAUCGUGGGAAUCCAUCUGGUGGAAAACCGCAGGCCUAUGCUCAUGGCGGCCAUUAUCUUCGUCAGCAUCGGAGUCGUUGCGUCUUUCUUCUGUGCCAUUGUGGAUGGGAUCAUCGCAUCAGAGUUCAUUGACACAAGGCCCCUGCAAGAGGACAUGUGCGACUUUUAUGCCAGUGGCUCUGGAUAUGCUUAUGACAGCUACUAUACUGAGGUGACUUGUCAUUCAUUUGACAAAGCCUGUAAGUUGAAGCUGAGAAGUAACACCUGCUACUGCUGCUACCUGUACAACUGUGAGAGCGCAGACUAUCACCCACAGUACUUUGAGUUCACCGGUGUCAGCAGCUGCUGGGAUGUGAUCCAUCUUCAUCGUUUGCUGUGGGCCUCGGUGGCCCUCAACGUGAUCGGCCUCUUCCUUGGAAUCAUCACUGCCGCCAUCCUCGGAGCGUAUAAGGACAUGCAGAAGCCCCUUCCACCAGUGGCCCCAAGCCCAGCGCCGCCACCCCACAUCCUGUACAACCCCACUCAGCACAUGCUCACAUAUGCUGGAUUCUGUCCUGCAGGACAGAAUCUACCUGCUUACCCCAACUAUCCAGUCCAGAUGCAGCCUAACAGCAGUUUCCAGGGACCUGCCACCCCACAGAUGAUCCCAGAGGGGGGACUUCCUGGUACUUCCUGUCCUUCUGAAGAAACCCAUAGCCAGCCGCCCUCACAGGGUGUCACCCAGGAAACAGGAGGUUUCAUGCUCACACCCAAUGCUCCAAUUCUCUACGCAUCCUCCAAAAGCCCCUUUGAAAAACCUCCACCUUAUAACUACUGAGCCUUCAGGCAAAACAAAAAAAAUGGCAUGUUAGGUCAUUUGUGUCUAGACUUUGUCUACUUGAAUUAGUUUGUAGGUGGAGAUGUCUAGAAAGGAUGCCGGUGUCUAUCUGUGUAGUGUUAUAUAUAAAUAUAUAUAUUAUUUACGUAGAUAUGAACUUCUCAAGUGUUUAGUCUACCAUUAAAGCUGUUUGCUAUAACCAUCCUUAGAUUGCAGGUGCUCCUGUGUGUUGUCUCAUGACAAAUGCACUACGAAUAAGGGCUUUCUUUCAACAGGAAUAUAACAUUAAAGAACACCAAUGUGGCUGCUAUAUUGUUUGUAUUGUCAAUGUUAACAAAGUAGAAUGUUUCGUGUGACUUGUUGCAACAGCAAGGAGUUAAGUGUGUAUGAUUUAUCAGUCAGCACGUUACAUGAACCACCUUCAGCUCCACAACAUACAAACAUUUUCAAAGUAUAAUUGUACUCUUUUGACGUUCAUAGAACUCUUUAUUUUGCUUUUUUUUUAAAUAGGAUUGUAGCAUUGUACGCAUACUGAGCUGGUAAAAAGAAAAAAACAAAAGAGCAUUACAAUGUACACCACGAUUAAAAAAACGAAACAUAAAAAAGGUAAUAUUUCUGGCAUUCAUUCAUGAGGAAACUAUACGGUACAUCAUGGAGUUGAGCAUUGCUCCUCUGGCAAGGUUUUUUUUCUGCAUUUUGGUUUAGUUAGCACCUAUGAAUUAAAGAACUAAAGAUGGUUCUGUAAAGUUCUACUACGGUUCUAUUGCUUUCAAUCCCCAUAAGGGAUGCAAAUCACAGCUGUACUGUUUUUUUUUUUAGAGACUUAAGUGUUUUUUUCACUUCAAUGCAUGAUAACCUCAGUGAGAAUAUUGCAAGGUAGUUUAUGUCUAGAAAGCAGUGUACAGUCUCAUUAUUUACACACAGUAUAUUAUAGCACACUCCUUUUUCCUCUCAGUAGCUUGUAUGGUUUGUUGGAUGCAGUGCACUUCCUCUUCGUUGCGGAGACGCCCUCCCUCCCUGUGCUUCUUUAAUGAAUGUCAUUGUUGGACCGGAUUGCAGUGGGUGCUAAGAGUAACAUGGUUCCGAGGGUACAGGAUUUGGGCCUUUAGUGUACGUAGGGAGGGUUGGCUGUCAGUCAGUGAACAGUAUGCUGCAGCUUUGUGAAAGAAUAUGCCAUCUUGUAGAGUGCUCUUCAAUGUAGGGCUGAUCUUCUCAGUAGGCACAUGGUUUUAAAUUGUACAUAGACAUGUAGCGGUGCCAUGGUGGAGAAGAGAUCAAGAACAUGGCUUCAUGUCUCACCACAUCAACCUGCAAUGUGUGCAAAGGUUUUCUAGAAGUUAAUAAAGGGAGGGAGGACUCAUCUUUCUACACCCUUUUCUUCAAAUAGGACCCUUGGUCGCUCUAGGUGUCAGGAAUCGUGGAUAUCGGCCAACCAAGUUCAGGUCAUCUGUCGGUAUAGAAUACCAGGUCCAGAUAGCAGACCUGGAUCUGACUGAUGCUCUUGAGGGCUAAAAUGGUGGGGCGAGAAAAGCAUUCCAUCCCAUGACUUCUGCCUGAUGAAGUGGAGAUCGCAUGUUGGCUUAUUGAUUUACUUAGACUGCUUAAAGUCAUUGGUAGUGCCUGGUGACCAUUGACUUAGGGUCCACUUGGACCACAAGACCUGGUUUAGAUUUAGACAUUUCAAUCUAAUAUACCUCCUCACUACUCGAGGUUUGAUCUCAUAAAUAAACUGGAUACAAUCUCCACUGCUUUUUAGAUGACUUUUUUUGCUGUGGCAAAGUGAAGGUCACUGGUUUGAAUCCAGCAGGGGGCAGGAGUGGGAACGGAUAUCGUUAUGUUUUUCAAUGGCCUGGUCCAAGUCCAACGUUUGUCCAUUCACGGUGACCUCCAUACAGCCGCUGUAGGGCGCAGUCACCAGGGUGGAGACCAGGGGAACCUCUGAGGGAAGAAAUGACAACACGGCUCAAGCUGUAAGUGAACCAUCACGUAAACCACUCAAGCACUAAAGGCAUACAGUAUGCUAACAUCGCUGAAGCAGACUGUAUUACUGACAAAACAUGUCUAAAACUGUAUUUGUACAUAGAUGGGUGUGUUUACUUAUAAGACUACGGUAUGUUACCUUCACUGUCUUAAACCAACUCUAUAUAUCAUGUGCAGUUCAGUAGCAACUCCAUUUAUUUGUUUCAAAUGUUUCCUCUCCUCAGAGAACUCUAAAUGUACUUGAGCUCCUUCAUUCCCAACACAUUACGUGUGUGCUCACCAGGGAGACCUCCUAUGAAGGUGCUGGAAGGAGACAAAAGGUCCACCGCUGCAUCUGCAUCUUCACUUCGUCCAGGCUGCCCAUCAACCAGCAACUGUGUGUAGUUGCCUGAAAUCUUCAGCUGGAUUUCAUGACUCUCGCCAUCACAGAGGGGAGCCGGGGAGCUGGCGAUGAUGAUGUCACCAGCUGAUACCAGAACAAACUAAGACAAAUAGUUUGUUAGAUUUCAGAACACUGCUGUCAGCGGGUUUCAGUUUUUCUCGAUUGUUUACACACAAUUUGUGAUGCCUGAGACACAAUGACCACAACAUAACCAAUGCACCAACUCCAUGGUAAACUUCUUGUUUUCACAAAGAACACAAUGCCACUCAAAAUAGUAAAAUUAAUAAUCCUAUUAUUCACACUGACUCAUCACAUGGGUAAACACCUGUCACACAUUUUUACAAUUAGCGGUCUAACAAUGAGGGAGGCUGGGCAAAGGGUCAGAAAUCCACAAACACACAAUCCCCUUCUCCAAGCUAUGGAAGAUGCAUGUGGAGAUAUUCCAGCGGAUGCUUUCUAUGGCUGGAUUCGCCAUGCUAGGUGAAUCCCCCCCCCCCCCAUUGCAUGUGAUGUGAUGUAGAUGAGGUCCUGUGGCCUGACCCAAACAGAAGACGUGAUGCAGCAUGGUCUUUUCCUUUGUGAUUGAUUGAUUUUUUGUUUAUUAUUAUUUUUAUUAUUUCUUUAACUAAAUCUGUAUACAUUUAGAUGCAGACCACUGUAUGUGGAACAUUGUGUUGGCUGUGAUGAACACCCCGUACAGUGUUUUUCUGUGAAAAAUAAAAAAUAUACAGUAAACUUCGGAUAGGAUAUAUCUGAUUCAAUUGUUCCCACUGGUUUUGUCCGAUAUGAGCGAAAUCCGUUAUAUGCGCAUACCGGAAAAUGUCCGUUUUACGCAUAUAUCGGAUUUAUAUCCGGUAUAUGCGUAAAUCGGAUUUUAUCCGUUAUAAAAAGGCACUUCCUUGACUAUGUUUCCAAUGUACCUGGACGCGCAGGCAACGCUGCAAACGCUGCAAAUGACGUCGUAUAGUGGCCUGUCACGAUUCGGCGAAUCGGAGCGCCACGAUGCGGCCAUCCGAUAUAUGCGAGGGAAAUUUAAUGGAAAUGCAUUGGAACGGGACUGGAGAUUUUGUCCGAAAUAGGCGAAAUCCGUUAUAAAAAAUCCGAUAUAUGCAAUGAAUUUUUAUUGGAAAUGCAUUACAGAAAAAUCGGUUCUUUUUUAUCUGUCCGUUGUGAGCGAAUUUCCGAUAUAUCCGAGUCCGAUAUAUCCGAGGUUUACUGUAUAUUCCUGUGUAAUUUUGUGUUCUGAGUCAAACAAAAUACAAAAAUACCAAAAAACAAUUCUAAAAUAUUUUGCAAGAAGUGUCACACUGAACACAAAAAGGCCUGAGUCAUGAUGAAUAUGAUGUAAUCACAGUGUUUUACACUGAGCACAUCAGCGUUCAACUGGUUCAUAUAAAUGUUUGUUCACAUUUGGAGACAAAACACCAUUUUGAGAAGAAUAAAGACAGUUUUGGAUGUAAAGUUUCAUUUUGCAGGAGAAUUGAAGGGUUUUCAGAAAUGUGUGAGUGAUUUUUGGAUUUGUGUGUAGAGUUCUGAGAAUAUGAGGCAUCCUUUUAGAAAAUGUGUUUAAACAAUCGAAAACAAAACUAAUACGCACAGGGCGUAUUUAGCUGUACUUACAUCUCGCCACUCAUCAGUACCAGGAUGAUAGUCAGCAAGAGAGAUUGAAAGGGGGACGGUGUCUUGGUGAACGAGGGCAAACAACACCCCAACAGCAGACGUUGGAUACAGGGACAGACGGACACUCAGGUUUUGGGAAUCUAAUAAGAAGAAUAGAGAAAAAAAAUUACUUAUGAGUAAAAAUGAGGCAAAAAAAUGUCUAAACACAAACACACAGCACCAUAGCUGAUGUUGAAGAAUGCAAAGCCUUUGCCAGGAUAGUACGCUCCAGGGUUCUCUGUGCUGAAACACUGAAUGUUCUCAUUGGUCGUUAUGCUUUCUUGCAUUGACCUGUCUCCGGUCAACCAGCGCCACUCCUUCAUACAGCCAUCCAAACGAGGGUUCACCUUUAAACAACAGGAGCGGUUGAGAUGAGACAGGCAGUACAUUAAAAGAAAAAAAGGUAGCAUAAAAACCAGACCUUGCUGACGAGGCUAGUCUCCUUGAAGGGGACCCCUCCCACAGUGAGGUUGAGUUCAUGCAUGUCCUUCUUUAAUGUGAACAGGUCACCGUUUACUGCAAUCUUCAUAACGGCCUCCCUCUCAAUCUUAAUGACAAGACUCCGCCCCUGCUCCUCUACUGAAAUCUAGUAAGAAAAUAAGAAAUAUGGAAGGUAGUCCAAGCCUGAAUGAACUGACAGAGACUAACAGAGGAGCUGACAUUUGAUCCAAAGAGCUAACCUUUCUCCACUGGCCGUCAUUGAC